GGGGUAUUCCCCCAUUUUGUACUGUUGGCUUCAUAAAGUCUUCGUUGUAGAUGGCAAAAGUUGUUGAACCAUAUGCUAACAUUUCGGCUCAGGAAUUACUCAGCACUGGUGCCAGCUGCUCCGGCUGGGUCAUGAAAGAGAGCACUUCAGGCUUACGAACGAUGAUCAAAGCCCUCGGUUGUAAGUAUCAUUUUAAUCAAAGAAGGUUGGGGAAGAGUUAAGUAAAUUCCCGCUGUGGUGACGAAUAUUUACCCUGCUUUGUGGGCCAAUCAUUUUUUAAGCAAAAGAGAAAUCCUUUAGCCUAGUAGAUAAGUUCAAGAUGGCUGCAUGUUGACCAUCCUUUAUUUUGUGUUCUUCUGGACUUCGAAUGCUUCGGUCAACAUUCAUUCAUCUUCACUUUACUCUCUCUUAAUAACUUUUAUUAAUCACAACCACUCUGAACUAAAUUUGCACAAGGCGAAAAGUGUAAACGAACUACAUUACACACUUUAUACUGUCUUACUGGAUGAUAAUUUUUUAUCCUGGCAGGGCCAUGGUAUUACAUGAUCUUGCAUUCUGGAUGCCUUUAUCUGUACAAGCAUUCUGGUGACGACAACUAUGCUGAGGUGUUCCCGUUGACGAAUUACAGGUACACUAUGUAUCUUAAAGCCUAUUGAGUACUGUGAAGCAGAACCAGAUUCGUCUCCGCCGAAUCUGGCAUGGAGCGUUAAUGGAGGCAACUGCCAUAGCAGAAGACUCGUUUCCUGCUCGUUCCGAAAUCUAUGACAUGGUUUUCCAUGUCUUUCAUUCAUUCUGUUUCUUCUUUUUCUUUUCGUUUCUUCUUGUUCAAUCAAAGGUGUAGUCAAGGUAAAUGUGCAGCUCUGGGCUGAUGAAGAAUUAAGACUGUGUCAUGAAUUAUGGUCAAAUUAACCUACUCUUUUUGUUUUAUGCAGCGUAUGUGAUGCACAGGAGGUUAUGAAAUAUACUUGGGCAUUUAAACUGAUCAAUGAAUCAUAUUCAAUGAAAACGCUUUUCUUUGCUGUGGAUUCUGAGUUUGAUCUUAAUGUAAGUCAAUGCUAUUUUCACUUCAAAGUGAGUGCUGCACGGAAAUUCUGUCGUAUUAUGUGGUAAUAGGGCGGAGUUCAUACAACAUUCAACCAUGUUAUUUGAUAAACAAAGUCAUCAUGUGAGAAGAACACAACUGGGGAAUCAAAACGUGAUGAUUGGAUACAAUAGCCGGCUGAUCGAGCCCUUUAAAGCAUAAUUAAGCAAAUGCGGUUGAAUUGAACUUCACUGAAGAAACAAGUGAUAAUUUCUUGGUGUCAAUACAUGGUUUCCUCUAUGUUUGGAAUUAGGUCCAGGCAUCCUAAGGAACUUUCUUUACGCGACCCGCUUGCUCAAAGUCCCUUGUUUCUGUACUUUUUGCCGCUAUCGAACCGUUUUCUAACUGAAAGCCCAUAAAAGGUAGAGUUAUGAAAUUCAGUUUCCCUUUCUGUAUUUCUUGAGCUUUGAUUUACAAUUUUGCUGAGAAAAAAUAUGGGAAAAAUUUUAUAUUAAAUAUACAAGGAAACCUUAGUAUGGUUUAAUUUCUUUUCUGUGUUCAGCGUUGGCAAGAAGCGAUAACGGGGGACAAGAAAAUUUAUUGCUGCCCUGUCUCAGAGUAAGAUUUUAAAUAUAGUUUUAUCAAGCUAGCUACUUCAAGUAAGAAGUUAUUCAACAGAAAAUAUUAGUAGGAUUUCAAUAUAAUUAAGUGUGCGGUCUGGUUUCAAACCAGAGCUCGGAACGCGUGAAGCACCAUAAGUAAGAGAAUAUGGCAACCAUCAAGGCAGCAGCAUUUAGUUAUAAUGUAACCUUUUUACGAUGCGUCUGCGGUUGUUUUGUAUAGUGCGAAUCAAAUUAACUGUCUUACAUUACGUACUUAUGAUUAGACGAUGCAAGCCAGAAAAAAAAAUUGUUCUUAUAAGGUUUUAUUUUGUCUUCCCAAUAACUGUCGAAAUGUUCACACAAUAUUUACUCCUGCCUGAGGACGCUGUUUAUUAGGACCUUACUUCUUUGAACGGACGUUAGAAAAAAUUUCCAUAAGAUCUUUGCCUUUUGGCUCGGUUACCUUGGUAGGAGACCGUGACCGUAGCCAAACGGUGAACGCGCUGGACUCCAGGACGUUAGUCUAAGGCAGGGAACAUGUCAGUCACAAUACCUAGGAAUAUGAAAGGUACCGGUAAACUGUCUGGGGAGUUAGACGAAUGUCUGAGGGAGCGGACAGUGCAUACUGUUAUUUUAUUUUCAUUUUAGGGUAGAUCCAGCACAGGAGCACCGCUCCAUCAACAUUAACCGAACUGAUCCAUCUUGCUCACCGCCAGCUCUCGCUCGCAGACCUAAUGCAAGAACAAUACCUCACAAUUUAGAGCUAUCGCGUAAUGAUCCUACGGAUGUCCCUGCAGGACAAGCUUCAGUCUCUAACGAGACAACAAAAGUGCACAGCAGGCCACAUGCUAAAGUAACUCAGCAGGUCACAUGGUACAUCCCAUCUCCUCAUUCAGAAACCAACGUAACAACGAAGCAGCGUCCUUUUUCCGUCCUUGCGGGACCAUCCCAGGAAAAUAGGCUAACGCAGUCAAACGUGCCACCUUGGUUUGGAACACAACAGGAAGCAAGAAUAAGACCAUUACCCAAACGAUCCCAGCAAAAGAAAAAUGAACCUGUACAAUUCUUCCAAAGGUCACUCCAAGAAGUGGAGGCUCACAGUCCAUCAGGUCAGUCUCGCCCACUUCCUGGAAUCACACAGAUUCACGAAAGGCCAAGAAAGACACCACUAAGCAAAAAAAAAGCUUUGAACAACUCCUCACAUACCAAUCAUGACCCUUUCAGGCUUCGACCAAGUGCCAGGGAAAAUCACUGCGGGAAGAGAUUCCCUUCAGAUAAUCUUUAGCUGCAUUCUGAGUUUCUAGUUUACUAAGCUGUGACUAUAUGAGGCACACUUUUGUUACAUAAAAAUUGGGACUUUUUUGUAUUGAUACUACUCUAGGAAAUUUCAUGCUUGAUUUUACUGCAUAAUAGGGUAUAAUUUAUGUCACAAGGAAGCUUUCUUCACAUUUUUCAUAAACGUCCAUGCCCGUGUAACAUAAUGGACGAUGACGGGAGUGUCACCCCCACUAACAGUUCCAUUUUCGAGUAAUCAGCUUACCGUAUGGCACUUUCCUAGAAUUGCCAAGUUCGUCCAGAUCACCAUUGACCGCAAGUAGCUCCACUCCAAUGAAAUCUGAAACACUCGAAAGGUACGCAUCAGUUAAAUGGCAAUAUAAUGGCGCAUACUUUUCAAAUCUUUGUGAAGAAGAUGAAAAGCUUGGUUUAAAUUAAAUAUUCUUUUCACACAUGCACGUGUUCGUAUGGUAUGAAAUUGACAUUAAAAAUAGAAGACCCGAACCAUUUAAUGUCUCGGUAUAAAUUAUAGACAUAACAUAUAUUCUACGACGCAGUCGUACGUGUUCUGAUGGUUUCAUAUAUAUUUACCUAAUAAAAAAUGGUUCCCGAUGUGGCCUUAGUAUAGCUGACCUAUUUUUGUUUUACUGUUUAUCCUCACAGAGGUGCCCCGGAUGGACAAAGUGUCAAGAGUGGACAAAGAGAGGUGAGCUACGGACUCGAGGUAUUUAAAUUAGUCGGAUUUCUCUGAAUACAGAGAAAAAAUGCGAGACAAAAGCAAUUCAUCCUAUUCAGAAGACUAUUCAGGCAUUUAAAGUGAAGGGUACUUGUUGUUUGGGAAUCCUCGCUUAAUGUGUUAUUACAUUUUGACAUAAACUGGCCGAAAAUAUCUGUUUUCAUUUUGUAUUUUAUGAUAACUUUGGAGUACUUUGAGAGUGACUUAUUUAAGGUAUCGUGUAUAUGCGUGCUCAAAAUUGGUAACCAAAGUGCUUUCUUCUAGCAGGAUAAAUCUUCAUUGACUUUGAUUCAUGACAUGGACAGCUCACAAGCUACUAAGUAAGCAACUAUAAUAAUUUUGGUUGUCGCUGUAUCUUUAAAAUGUUAUCCACAUUUGUCCUGAUUUAUAUAUUAAGGAAGUAUUCCAUUUCUCCUAUUGUAGGUUGCUGAAGGACAGGCCCGGAGUUUAUAUUUUACGCAAAAGUAAAACCAAACAAUCGACAAUGGUGAGAAAUCAGUCCUUUUACAUGUUCGAUAGAAAACUAACCCACAAGAAACCCUCUCCCCGACUGCGGAAAAAAAACACAAGCAAGAAAAAAGAAUCGCCGGUUUUUUUUUAACCAGCCUUUUCUCGCCAGCUUUCGCCUUGCCUUUUCUACGAUCGAGAUGGACAUAGCCGAAAGGAACCCUACUUCGAAUUUAAGGGACAGAUGAUUCUAUUCAUCAUAGCCAUCGACUGUUAAAUCCCCUUGAGCAGUCAAACUUGUUGGGUAGUAUUAACAGUUCAAACAGGAGUCUCUCACUACAUUUUUGUUUUGCCAUUGUGUAGGUUUUGUCGGUUGGUACAGGGGAUAAAGUCGUGCACUAUCGGAUAUCUUAUGACGAGGUACGGAAGCUUGGAAUAGGCAACGACUGGAAUAGGUUGAGUGCGAUAUCAGGAAUAGUCAAUACCGAGGUUUGAGUUGUCUGUCGAAAAUGAAGGCUGAGGCAGAUAACACAAACUCAAAGUUUGAUAAUUCAUGAUAUCCUACAAAAAAAACUGAUAUAUUUUUUAAGUUUGCAAAGUUUGAGAACACGACACGGACGGGGGCUAAGCAAACUUCGAACUCGAUCUGAUUACCCAAUAUCUGCUGCAGAUAUGUAGUGGGUUAUCAUUUCAACUUCGAAUUCACACGCUAUGGUAAAUUGGCUGUAUGCCCUCGACCAAUCAGAAAUUUCAUUUUAAGUCUAAUGUAAAACAAUGUUGUUUGUCAUCGUUAGCUCUUGGUAUUUUUCUUAUUAUUUCUUUCACCUUUACAGGAACAAGGAUAUUCUCUCAUAGAACAAGGAACCCCAAGAUUUCCCGAAAUAAAAGACUUGUUAAGUCAUUACUCCUCGUUUGAUCUCCCCACCCAUGAUUUGAAACUGACCGUGGCAGCCACCUACAGAUAGAAAUUGACAAUUUUUUUUUCCGAGC